GGGUGGAAGCUGAAGCUGCCGGGGAGACAUGAGGGAUGAAAGCUGCGGCUGCAGAGGAGUUCUUGGUUCUGCCAUGGCCCAGCAACAGCGGCGGCGGGUCAGAGCCUGGGCCCGGAGGGGACGGUUAUGGAGCUGUGCUGUUGAAGUGUGGAGCUGCUGUGGGAGUCACUCUGAUCUGUGUGGUCGUGCUCAGGAAAUGGAUUUCAGGAGGAGUGUGUCGAUGUUCCGUCCGGCUGGACGGAAAGACUGUUCUUGUGACCGGAGCAAACACAGGCAUUGGUAAAGAGACCUGCAGAGACCUGGCUGGGAGAGGAGCCCGGGUGGUGAUGGCGUGCAGGGAUCUGACCCGGGCGGAACGAGCGGCAGAGGAGGUCCGGCACUCAACAGGAAAUGGCAACGUGGUGAUCAGACACCUCGACCUUGCCUCUGUUUAUUCAGUCUCCCAGUUUGCCAAGGACUUCCUGGACAGUGAGGAAAGAUUGGACAUCCUGAUUAACAAUGCAGGUGUGAUGAUGUGUCCCAGGUGGAUCACUGAAGAUGGCUUUGAGACUCAGCUAGCUGUCAAUCAUCUUGGUCACUUCCUGUUGACAAAUCUUCUGCUGCCAAUGCUUAAAAGCUCCGCCCCCAGCCGUGUGAUCAACGUGUCAUCCAUCGCCCACCAGGGGGGUCGUAUCGAUUUUGAUGACCUAUUCUUCAGCAGAAGACCAUACAGCGCCCUGGAGAGCUACAGACAGAGCAAGCUGGCCAACGUCCUGUUCACCCGGGAACUGGCCCGUCGGCUCAAAGGCUCCGGCGUGUCGGCGUUCUGUCUCCACCCCGGGGUGAUCCGGACAGAACUCAGUCGCCAUGUAGAGGGCUGGUUCCCUCUGCUGGGAGCACUGCUGAGGAUUCCUGCUUGGCUGCUAAUGAAGACCCCAAAAGAGGGCAGCCAGACCACCGUGUUCUGUGCCGUGACACCGGGCCUCGAGGAACUAUCGGGCAAAUACUUCAGCGACUGUGCAGAGAAGGAGGUGGCACCGGAAGGUCGGGAUGAUGAAGCAGCCCAGAGGCUGUGGGAGGAGAGCGCUCGAUUGGUCAGACUGAACGACACAAACUGA